GAAAGUAUGGCAAGGUGGUUGCCCUUAAAAGCUGCUUCUAAAAUGGAAGCGUUGUCCAUGCUCUUAAAAGUUUCAGAAUUAUAAGCCCAAAUUUCUUGAAAAACGUUAUACUUUUACAAUUUAGCUACAAAAAAAAAAAUGCAUGCUUGAAUCUGCUAUUUGUUUAUACUUUAGUCAAUGUAGUUACGUCCACAUCUCGAUCAUGGAUAAAAAUGGAAAAGAAGAAAUCAGUCUACCAAUGCCGAUUCUCCAAAGACUGGAUCGUCUCGAUCGUUUGGUAAAAUGUGUCUCUUCAUUUUAUUUUUCCCAUUGAUAGUUUUAUUUUAUGAGCUUGCGCAUAUGCUCAUAGAUGCACCAUCUCCAUGAUUUACAGCUGCAGUUCUUGGAACACAAGCAUUGCCUAUCAGCCAAGCAUUCUUCUUGUCCUACCUCCUUGGAACCAGAAGAUGAUCAGUGUAAGACUUUGUCAUCUGCAAUUGAAGAAGCACAUCACAAAGGCACACUGAUGGAGAGAGUAACUAUGCUUGAGAAGCGUGUUUUGCAGAUAAGCCAUGAGAUGGAUGUGGAAAAUGCAUCAAGUUCAAGCUGCUUCACAAUUGAAGCAUCUGAGGAAAUUGGGCAAGGAUCUUCAGAAGCAUAUGUGAGGAAGCCAAAUUGUUGCAAGAAGGGCAGAAGAAAGAAAAAUGUUGCUUCCAUUAUUCAGAUGAGAGAAUGGUUUAGAUGGAGGAGAAUGGGAUGUUAAUUAAUUAAUCAUCCUGAAAAAUUAUUUUCUGCAUUAAUUAAUUAAUUGUCGAUGCCACAUGUUAAUCCAUCACGAUAAUAAUUGAUUUCGUGUGCAAUUUUUUCUUUUUUUAGUUUAUAUAAAUAUAAGAUGACCACUGCCACAAGUUUUUGUUGAUAAA